AUGAAUUUCUGCUAUCGACGAUUGUUCACUGCAUUAACACGGAGUAAGACGCAAUCAUAUCUAAUCAAUGUUGCGUCAUAUCGUAUUAAUCCGAUUGAAACAAGUAAUCAAAUAAAAGUGCCACAUUCAAUGGUAAAAAAUAUUGAACGACAACGAGCAAAGAAAAUCUAUAAAAAAGAGCAAGAAGAAGAUCCACCUGGCGAUCGAACUCAAUCCCCAGUUAUCGCGUGUAAACGUUCGAACUUUAAUCAUUAUCCAGGUCGUGAAUAUCGACGAAUGACUGAUAAACAUGUAGCGUCCGGUGCAUGGCAACAUCGAUUAUCGAAAGGUGACUUUUUCACUAUUGAUCAUCACUUUAAAAAUCCUGCAUGGACUCAAUCAACUGCUCAAACAUUUGAACAACUCGAUUGUAAGCCAGAAAUUGUAGAAAUCCUUAACAAAGCAAAUAUUCAUAAUCCUACUUCAACUCAAUCGCGUGUUAUUCCACGAUUACGAUCAGGUCAUCAUAUGAUUGUAACAGCUGAAACUGGUGGUGGAAAAACGUUGGCAUAUCUCGUACCUCUUGUUGAAUCUCUUCUUCAAUGGAAAUCUCCAAAACGUUUACUACCCAUGGAAAAUGCACCAUUUGCAAUUAUUCUUGCACCAACUCGAGAAUUAGUCGCUCAGAUAGAACACAUGCUAGAAGUAUUUCAAGAGCUAAAUAUUCGAACGCGAAGUUUAAUUGGUAUUAAUACAAAUAAAGAUCCUCUUAAUUUUAGUCUUGGUGAAGUUGAUAUUAUUAUUUCUACACCCGGUAUUCUUUUAAGACUUUUACGACAAGAUGAACAUUUUGGAAUUGAACGACGUUUGAUCGGUAGUAAUCUUCAACAUGUCAUCGUUGAUGAAGCUGACACUCUACUUGACAUUACAUUUAGUUCUGCUGUUGUUGAAAUUAUUCGACGUUUAGAAAUUGACGUACAACCGAUCACUAAUCUUGAAAAAAGUGCCCCACCAGCUGUUCAACUUGUUUUUGUUUCUGCUACAAUACCGACGGCAACAGAAGAAACCCUCAAAGAAUUGAUUAGUACUGAUGAAAUCGAUAAAAUGUCAACUCCGUCUGUACAUCGUAUUAUGCCACAUGUUCCUCAGAAAUUCUAUCGUAUUGGUAAUCAACAAAAACUCGGUCUUGUAUUAAAACUAGUCAAAUACGAUAUAGAAAAGAAACAUCCAUGUUUAAUAUUUUGUAAUCAAACAAAAACCGUUAGAUUUCUUCGACAAUUCUUUCAUGAUCAACGUAUUGAUAUUCUUGUUAUGCAUAGUCACAUGACUGAUACGAAACGUGCUAAAAAUCUCGAAGAUUUUCGUAAUGGUGAAAAUAAAAUAAUGUGCGCUACUGAUAUUAUUUCCCGAGGAGUUGAUACAUAUUGGGUUGAACAUGUAAUACAAUUUGAUUUUCCACGCUUUAUCUCUGAUUAUAUUCACCGUGCUGGUCGUGUUGGGCGUAUAGGUUCAAAAAAUCCAGGAAAAAUAUCAAGCUUCGUUACACAACCACAUGAAAUCAGUCUUGCGCAACAAAUCGAAGUGGCUACGCGUAUGAACAAAAAGCUUAGGGGUGUGAAUAAUGAUAUAAAAUAUCAAUUAGAUUUGCAUGCAAAACAACGUGACCAAAAACAAGAGAAAAUCGACAAUCAACGAGCACGGGAAGAACUUUGUAAAGAAGUUAUUCGUUCAGCAAUGGCUUGA